GACCGUACCUCACAGGGGUGGCCCCAUACGUCCUUCAAGGCCUUCAGCAAGAGCUGGAGCAGCAGAUGAAGGAUAAGAAUGAAGGCAAAAUGGAGGAGAAGAUCAGGACCGUACGCUACCUCUGCGAGCUCUGCAAGUUCAAGGUGUGCCCUCCUGGCGUGAUCCUCGACACCUUCAACACGCUGUGCGACGACUUCUCGCACAUCAACGCGGAGCUGUGCGCGAACAUCCUCCAGUGUUGCGGACGCUAUCUUCGCUACACGCCAGAGACUUCGACCCGCACGGACAACCUGCUGGAGCGAAUGCUGCGGCUAAAGAACGCCAAGUCGCUGCCCCUGCGGCUCGAGAUCAUGUUGGAGGACUCGUACUACCAGGUGAAGCCGCCGGAGAGCAAGCGGCAGAAGAGGAAGGAGAAGGACCCGUUGGAGCAGUUCACCCAGAGCCUCAUCUUCGACCGCCUCUACCGCGAGGAGGACGAGGACAAGGUUCUCCGGCUGGUGCGCAAGCUGCCGUGGACGGACCACCCGGCCCCCGGCUGGCUGAAGAAGUGCCUGUUGGAUCUGAACAUGCAUGCCAACUAUGAGAGCUUGUACCAGGUCGCCUCCUUGCUGAGUGGCCUCGCGAAGUACCGCGACGUCUUUGUGAUCGACGUCAUCGACGCCCUGUUCGAGAACAUCCAGUCCUCGGUCGAGCGGAACGACUUCCGCGAGAUGCCUUUGAGGGUGCGGCAGUGCAAGCUGUUGGGCGAGCUCUACAACUAUCGGCUCGUGGACUCCAACCUGAUCUUCGACACGCUGUAUCAGCUCAUCGGCUUUGGCGGGCCCACAUCGCACAAAGCGGGCCAGCUGGUCACGGCGCACAAGAUUGUGGAACGGCAGCUUGCGGCACGCAAGGGCACCCUCGGCAGCAUAUCCGAGGAGGGCGGCUCCAGCGGCAGCGCCGCCGCUGGCGCGGCGGACGGCGCCGGCCAGAUGCUGCCCGCGUUCCUGGCGGACCCGCAGCACGCGCUGGAGGCGCCCUGGGACUUCUUCCGGGUCAAGCUCGUGUGCGUGCUCCUGGAGACCUGCGGCCACUACUUUGACCGCGGGGCCGCGAAGGGGAAGCUCGACAGAUUUCUGCAGUUCUUCAUCCGGUAUGUGCACACCAAGGGGGAGCUGCCCCUGCGCUUCAUGAACAUGGUGCACGACACGCUGGAGCGCCUCAGACCGAAGCUCGCCUUCCCCGAGACCAAGGCGCAGGCCGACGAAGCUAUCCUGAAGCUGCUCGAGGGGGAACGCGAUCAGCUGGACAUCGGGGGCGGCGAGGACCAGGAGAAGAAGGAGGCGGCCAUGGAGGAGGACGACAGCAGCGAGGACGAGGAGAGCGGCUCGGAGGAGGACGACGAGUCCUCUGGCGAGGAGGACUCCGAGGAGGAAGAGAGCGAGUCGGAGUCGGAUGAGGACGAGGAGGACUACGAGCGGGGCGACGAGGCCCACGCCAGACAUAACUCCGAGUUGGAGGAAUUCGACAAGGAGAUGAAGCAACUGCUGAGCGAUUCCCUGGAGAAAGAAAAGCAGGUCGGCCAGCGCGUUCUUGCGGAGCUGCCGAUGCCCGAGCAGGCGGUGGCCAAGCGAGCCGACGCCUCGCCGAACGCCGUCCCAGGCGCCUUCGGCCUGCUGCAAAGGAAGACAGGGGGGAAGUUGCUGGUGAAGCAGAUCGAGAUCCCAGAGGAUUCGAAGCUGGUGAGGGCCAGGGUGGCAGAGGAGGAUUCUCUCUCCAAGGAGCACCAGGACCUCAAGAGCUUCAUCAUGCAGUAUGACAGCUCGGCUCCGAGUGUCACCAGGCUGCAUGCCGGCAAGGGCUAUCCCAAGGGUUUCGGCAAGGGCUUCGGCAAAGGCCGCAGGCAGGAGAGGGACUACGUCAAGGAGGAGUUCAUGCCAGACUCCGAGCCGCCGCCACCCACCAUGCGCAUCAUGUACGGCAGGGGCGGCCGAGGCACGAGCAAAGGCAGCGGAGGCGGUGGACGGGGCAGAGGUCCCGGAACGCCUUCGCAGGCGGGCGCCAAGGGCAGCUUCUGA